AAAUCCCUCCACCUCCUCCUGAUAACCUGCCACCGACACGCUGACGGAUGAUUCGGCUUCAUGGUGACAGGUCUCCCGGACAGGCCGUCGCCGCUGCUGCCGCUGGAAACUCAAGGUUAACUUUCCCCAAGACUAGGAAGAACUCGAGGUUAACUUUCCCCAAGACUAGGAAGAACUCGAGGUUAACUUUCCUCAAGGCUAGGAAGCGCUCGGGCGUCUGUAAAGCUGGAGUUGCAGUGGAUUGUAAGCAGGUGCAGUAGAUCUACACACUUGUGGAGCAGAACGCUCACACUGAAGUCUAAGCAUCAUGGAGGAGAACAACAUGGAUCAGCCCACAUCUUUAUCUCAGCUCUUACGAGAGAGUUAUUUAUCCGAAGCAAGAGCCCAUCACAGACACGGCGAGCCCAGCCUAAUCGACACGCCUCGACUUCUGGUGUACGGGACGGUCAAAGAGAAACCGGAGGAUUCUGGUGGGAAAGUGGACGCUCAGUUUCCAGACCUUUCUGCCUUCCUGAGCCAAGAAGAACUGGACAAGAGUGUGGAUCUGGCCUGCAAAGCCAUCAGCAAUGAUCCACGAGAACGUGAGGAGAGAUGCCCACAAAUGAGCAAACCCACGAUGUCCAUGUCCGAGUCGAGUCAACCGAUCCAGCCUUCAAUCCAAGAAAACACGAUUAGGAGCGUCAGAUCUUCCAGGGAAGCUGCGGCCGAUUUCAAAAGACCCCAAAGAAACGCUCCUUAUGGCUUGGAAACCCAAUCCAAGAAGGAGUUCCUCAACAAGGCAGCCGACUUCAUAGAAGAGCUUUCGUCUCUGUUCAAGUCCAACAGUUCUAAGCGAGUUCGGCCUCGUACUUGCAAAGCGCACCGGAGCCGAUACCAGAACAAAACCCAACUUGAUGGCACUUCGUACUCCGUUAAUGCUGACGAUAGAGAACGGACGAUUCUGCUUGACCAACAAAUGGAGGAGCCGAUGGAGAACAAUCAAGUCUUGGACACAGAGGAGCCCGAGGAACCGGAAGAACCGGAGCCAUCGCGUGAAAUUGAGUGUGAAGCACCGGCUCUGAUACAAGCGGAGGAACCCGUGUGUGAACCUCCACACUUUAUACAGAAACUUAAAAGCAGGGAGGUUCCCGAGGGAAGUAAAGUCCAGUUGGAUUGUAUCGUCAGAGGACUGCCUGCUCCUGAAGUCCGGUGGUUUUGUGAGGGUAAAGAGUUGGAAAACAGUCCUGAUAUUCAGAUCAUCACCAACAGUGAGCGACACUCUCUGAUCAUAGCCGAGGCAUUUGAAGAAGAUACAGGCAGAUACUCGUGCUUUGCCUCCAACUUUUAUGGCACAGACUCCACCUCAGCAGAAAUCUACAUUGAGGGAGCGUCUUCAUCGGAUUCUGACGGAGAACAAGAUUUUGAAGCACAAUCUCCUCAGCCCAAGCCUGCUGAGAUCUCGGUUGAGUUCAACACAUCUGCUGAAGACACAACUCCAACUGUAACAACCACCUGCACUGAGCCACCAGCACCUUCAGACGCAAAAGCAGUGCAACUGACCGCUGACUCUCCAUCUGAACAAGAAGAUACAGAACUGAGUACCAAGGUCGUCAGCACUGAAAUACCUGUACUAGAACAAACCAUACCUGUACUAGAACAAGCCAUACCUGUACUAGAACCAACCGUACCUGUACUAGAACAGGCCAUACCUGUACUAGAACCAACCGUACCUGUACUAGAACCAACCGUACCUGUACUAGAACAAACCUUACCUGUUCUAGAACCACUAGUGCCAAUAUCUGAGGUGGAACCAACUCCACUUUCUCCAACCCUCACCAUAACACCAUCAUCACUUCAAUCAAGCCAAAGUAUCUCUGAUAUACUGUUAACGUCACAACAGAGCAUUCCUGAGAAUCUAAAUGGCAGCAGUAGUUAUCUUCAAAACUUCGAUGUAAGGCCCAUAAUGGCAGCUCCUGUUUUUACAAAGAACCUUCAGGAUGUCCUGGCUCUGGAGAGUCAGCUGGUAGUGCUGGAGUGCCGAGUAAAAGGCAUUCCCUCCCCCAAAGUGGACUGGUACAGAGAGGGAACACUUAUUGAAGAUUCUCCAGACUUCAGGAUCCUCCAGAAGAAACCAAGAUCUAUGGCUGAAUCUGAGGAGAUAUGUACGUUGGUUAUUGCGGAGGUCUUUCCAGAGGAUUCUGGAACAUUUACUUGCACAGCCAGCAAUAAAUAUGGCACAGUUUCCAGUAUCGCAGUGUUGAGAGUGAAAGGACACAAUAAUAACAACACCACCAAACCCACAACGACAAGCACUUUAACUGUGGAAUCCUCCCCACCAAAGUUUCAAGCAACAGACCUGAUAUCAACAACUUUGAAGCGCAAGCCAGAUGUUCCUCUGGUAAACAACAAGAUUCACUCAAGUAUGAUUUGUCUCGACCCUUUGAGCACUGGCUUUAAGCUGUCAGGCCCUCUGGACUCUGAAACGUUUCGUUCAGACUCCCUAAACCCUAGUAUGUUUCGCCAUGAGCUCAGCACUAGCCUGCCUAGUCUAAACCCUCUCAGCAUUGGAAAAUACAGCUCAGAUACUUUCAGGAGUAGUUUACCUCAGCUAGACCCACUCAGCUUCAAUGCUUCUUCACUGACCUCUGAUUCGAACCAUAAGUCUGUCAACUCUAGCACUACACACUUCGAUUCAGGAGGGUCUGGUUGUAAGCCUUCCACAGAAGUGAACCAAAGUCCAUCCAACGGAUUAGCUUCUGGCAUCACUCUGAACUUGGAUCCCUGGGUUGAACCAUCACCAAAUGGUUCAAAAUCUACCUCCUGCCUUUCUGUUACUAGUCCCCAAUCAGUAAACAUCAGUAACCAUCAAGAGCAACCACCUGUUAAACCCCUACCGGAUCCCCCAACUUCUUGCCUCAAGACAAGACCCGAGGGUGUGUUAGGGAAUCACAAUGAACCCCGCUCUACUUCUCGAGCUGGUCUCCGCGUAACCUUUAAACUCCCGGAGGAUGAAGAAGAAGAGAAAGAAAUGUCAUCCAAAGAACCCCCACCGGUGUUGGCUAAACCAAAAUUAGACCCAGUGCAGCUUCAGAUCCUCCACAAUCAGGUGCUUUUGGAACAGCUGCAGGAUAACGUCUCCCCAAGCCAAGAGUUAACACAUUUAGACGGGACAAAUUGUGAGCCACCGCCUGUCACGCCAACUCAACCUCUUGCAAAUCCAGUGCCAACUCCACUCCGACCACCUCUCGUAAUUCACUCUGGUCCAAUUCCACAGCUGAUCCCUGCAUCCAUCCCUGCAGCACCUGUACUGCCUGCUCCCAUAUUAAAAGCAGUUCCUGUAUCCCAAUUGAGCAUGCCUUUAACCAAUUCCAUGCCCUUGCCCCAACUUACUCCAUCAGCCACAACCUUACACACCCAUCCUCCUUCACCUCAACAAAAUCUGGUUCCUACUACUUCGUUAAAUACUGUUCCACCAAGUAUGGUUCCUUCUACCUUAAUACCCCCCAAAAAUGCGGUGCCUAUCUCAACCAAUGUGGCUCCUAUGCCAAGUGUGAUACCAAUAAUCCCAAUAACUCAACCUACAGGACCUCCCAACAUCCCUCAAUCAAAUGUGGGACAUUCUAUGCCUUUUCUUCAAAUUAUCAUGGCUCCAUCCAUCCAACCAAACCCUAACUACGUGACCAAUAAGCCACCCAUUACUCCUUCCAGUCAUAUAUCACAAAUGAACAUGAAUCCAACCUUCCAGAUGAACUCUGUUCCCAAUAGUGACAUGUGUGUUGCCAAAACACAAGCAUUGAUGACCCCUAAUGCAGCAGUGGUGAACAACACUGCACCAAAGUUAAACACCACCUCAAUUACUCAUCCCAGCAUGGCUCCACAAGACACACGUUCUCAAAAUGUGUCCUAUCCACCCCUGAGUAUCAUCACCUCACCGCAUCUGGUGAGAAAUCCACCUGCGCCCAUCCCGAGUCCAAUGUCUCCACCUCAACUGAACAACACCCCCCAGCCUCCACUUCCCGGGAUUUUUCCGAUCUCCGCCCAGAGCUUCAGCUACACCAGGCCAAAGGAGUUUAUCGCAGCUCAGACGCUCUCUCCUAUCAGGAGUCUUUCUCCAACUGAGUCUCCUGUUCCAAUGCUACACGAAUUAGCUGCACAGAUAUUCCCAAAGUCAACGCGGGAGAUCACGUCGCCCGUCAACCAGUUCGCUCCGUCCCCAAGAAAGUUUCCAACAAGAGUUCUGGAGUCUCCGAGAAGCCCCCCAUAUGUGUCCUCACCACCUCUAUUGCCUCCUGGCCUGGUGAAUUCAGUGUUUUCUUUCAGAACUCAGUCUCCACCACAAGCUUCUUCUCCGUCUACCUCUAGCAGCUCCAGCCCCAGCCCCAUCCAAAAUCCAGUGGCCUUCCUUAGUUCUGUCCUUCCUUCACUGCCAACAUCUCCUCCGACCAAUGCAAUGGGGUUGCCUAAAAGAGCCCCACUUGGGCCUCAAAGUUCACUGAAGAAGAAUCAAAGAGUCUCCAGACUCAUGUCCGAUAGUGACCUCCGCGAAAGCAGGGAAACACUCUUACAAGAUAUUGAGAAGACGUUGCGAUUUAAAGAUGAACCACAUCAUUUUGGACAACAGAAGCCGAGUUAUGUGGGGGAAGUGAGCCGAUCGCUCGGACCAAACAUUCCCACUGCGACUGUCAUUAACUAUGACGAGGAAUACAAGGUGUCGAGCUUUGAGCAGCGGCUAAUGAGUGAGAUUGGGUUUCGUUUGGAACGAACUCCAGUCGAAGAGUCGGAUGAUGAAGUUCAGCAUGAUGAAAUUCCCACUGGAAGAUGCAUCGCGCCCAUUUUCGACAAGAAACUGAAGCACUUAAGGGCCGUGGAAGGCGUUCCCGUCACAUUUACCUGCAAAGUCGUUGGAAUUCCAAUCCCUAAGGUUUACUGGUUUAAGGAUGGAAAGCAGAUUUUGAAGAAGAACGAGCACUACAGGAAGAUCAGAGAGGGUGAUGGGACGUGUUCGCUACACAUAGAAGCCGCUACAAACGACGAUGACGGCAAUUAUACAGUCAUGGCAGCAAAUCCACAGGGUAGAAUAAGCUGCUCUGGUCAUUUGAUUGUCCAAACGGGUCCCGUGCGAAACCGGCCCAUGGUUCACUCUCAGAGAGUCCGAGCGCGGGUACAAGAAGUGGAGGGAGAACCGGCUCAAGAACGCUUCUUUCGUCCACACUUUCUGCAGGCUCCAGGGGACAUGUUGGCCCACGAGGGCCGGCUCUGUCGGCUGGACUGCAAGGUGAGCGGAUUACCUCAUCCUGAGAUCAUGUGGCUUCUGAACGGGAAGCCCAUAUAUCCCGACAUAACUCAUCGAAUGCUUGUGCGAGAAAACGGGAUCCAUUCUCUGGUUGUUGAUCCUCUGACUCAAGCUGACGACGGGACGUACACCUGCAUCGCCUCGAAUAAAGCGGGACAGAGUUCCUUCUGCCUCCAGCUCAAAGUCGUGGAAAAAGAGCUGAAGCAGGCUCCGUAUUUCGUGGAGAAGCUGCAGAACACGGGCAUCGCAGAAGGAGCUCCGGUGCGUCUCGAGUGCAGAGUUGUGGGAAUGCCACAGCCACUCAUUUACUGGAAGAAAGACAAUGAUACGAUCCCUCACUCGAAGGACAGGGUUAGCAUGCAUCAGGACACUACAGGUUACGUAUGUCUACUAAUUCAACCGACCAGAAAAGAAGAUGCUGGCUGGUACACGGUGUCUGCCAAGAACGAGGCUGGGAUCAUAUCAUGCACAGCCAGACUAGACAUUUAUGCUCAGUGGCAUCAGCCUGUCCAUCCUCCGCUGAAGAGAACGCAGAUCAGCUCCAGUCGCUACGCUGCUCUCACCGCACACGGCCUGGAUGUAAAGUCUGCUUUUCCCACGAGUGACGGCGGCCCCGUCGUGUUCUCCGGCCCCCGGGCGGCCCCCACACAGGAGAGUGACGAGCUGUAG